CUGAUGGCUCGUCAAGUGGCAGUUCCGGUGGCUUAGAAUAAAUGAUAACCUUCAGCAAAAAAAAGAAAAUACAAAUAAAUAAAGUGAAAAUAUAAAGUUAUUGAUUGAUUGAUUACCCGAAAUGUCCACUUGGAAUGGCGUGCGAACACGCAUCACCGCCUCUGUGCGCACCACCAACCGCAUGAAUGCUUUGCUUAUGGAAUCGAUGUUGGGCAAAAAGCGCGCUCUGCAAAAACUACAUUCCAACGCUGGUGAGGGCGAAGAUGUCGAAUGUGCUGUGGAAAAGCCGAAACGUGAUUGGGAAUACUUUCGCAAUAAUUUUAGCAUGGAGACUGUUUAUAAGCUAAUCGAAACGGCUAUUGAGGAGCGCUUGACAUGGGAUCGCUUUGGUCGCUCUUACGAUUCAUGGCGUUCGCUGCAAAUGGCCGAAACGUUGGCUGCGGAUAUACGAGAUCGUGUGAAGCGUUUGCAACACAAAAGGCAUCGUAUCGUUUGCUUGUUAUCAAUUGUCGAAAAACAAGACCAAGGCCUCAGUUUCCGCAUGCGUCAUUUAUUGGAUGAGAAAAUGGAUAACUUCACUAAUUUAGUAUAUGAACGGCCAUCCUACUAUAUGGUGGUGACUUUGUUUUUAGUGUAUAAGGACUAAAUACACAGUUAUGGCCGAAGCUUUUUCUGUAAGCUUUUGCGUGUUGUUGUUGGAGGAUGUGUGUAGUGCAUGAAUGAGCACGAAUGCUUUCAUUGUUGAAUGUACCUGUAUUGUAGAGAUUUUGCCUAGCAUAGUUCACAACCAA